AUGUUUGGAGCUAGUAAUUCCAGUGGUGGGAGUCUUUUCGGAGGUAAUGCCAACAACAAUUCCGCCGGAGGCGGUUUAUUUGGAGCUUCCAAGCCAAGUGGGUUCGGAUCACCUGCACCAUCUGCAGGAGCACCAGCUGGAGCUGGAACUGGUGGAGGACUAUUCGGAGGAUCAAGCAAUACUGGGUUUGGAGGUUCGCUAAAUGCGCCAGCUGCCUCUCAAGGAACAACAGGAACCGGCUUCGGCGGAAGUUCGACACCCUCCGGUGGAUUAUUUGGGGCUAAACCUGCACAACCUAGUGGACCUAGCGGCGGGCUCUUUGGCGGAUCUUCAAAUGCUGGGCAACAAGCUCCAAGCUCAACUUCUGGUGGACUUUUCGGGGGAAAUUCCAGUAACACGUCAGGAGGGCUCUUUGGAGGACAAAGCAGCACCAACAAUUCCAACUCUGGUGGGCUUUUCAACAAGCCGGCUGCUUCAAGCGCAGGUGGUCUUUUUGGAUCGAGUACUUCAAAUGCUGGUGGCAGCGGUGGGCUCUUUGGUCAGCAACAGAAUAGUCAAAACACACAGAGUUCGGCACCAGCCGGUGGCCUUUUUGGUGGGAACAACACCAGCAACACACAAGGAGGAGGACUCUUUGGUAACAGCAAUACUGCCUCGACUGGCGGGCUCUUUGGCCAGCUGCAACAACAGCAACAGCCUCAACAACAACAGCAACAACAGCAACAGUCGGGUGGUCUCUUUGGAAAUAGCAACAAUAUAUCAAACACAGCGCAGCCAUCCUUUGCCUGGUCGUCUCAACAGCCACCAGCAAACAACAACGUGAACAACACCAACACCAACAACAAUAGCAAUAACAGCUUUUACUCAUCAAACCAACAUGUAAACACCGCCAACUUCAGCAACAACAAUGCCAGCAGCAAUAAUAAUGUAUACACACCUGCGAUCAACGAUCAAUUACUCAAAAUCAAAGAGCAGUGGGACCCCAACUCUCCUAAAUGUGCAUUGAAAACACAUUUUUAUAACAAAUUAACCGAACAAGAAGCCCAAAUUGCAUUCCAACAGCAGAGACCAGCCAAUGAGCUUCCAGAAGACUGGGACUUGGCCAUGAGUUCGCGUCCGUCUCCUCAAUACUACCCCAUGAAGGUUACAUCGUUCGGUGAAGUUGCGCAGAGAAUUGAAGUACAGUUGGAUCACGUAGCCAAAGCCAGGGUCAUAUUGAAAGACAUCGAUGAAAAGCAGAGUCAAAUCUCUUCCAAGCAUGAUUUAAAUAAUACUACAAGAAUCUUAAAGGCCAAGAGUAAGCAUAUCAUAUUGCUGAGAAGAUUGUUGAGGUUGGCAACUGUACUUGCUAUAUUGAAAUUGAAGGGGUACCCAUUACUUCCAGAAGAAGAAGAAAUUUCUAGACAAUUUGAGAUAUUGAAUAAAAAGUUGAGUGAUCCAUCGAGUCCACUUGGAAAGAUGAACGAUGUCUUUGCCAAACUUGCCAUAUUAAAAGAUAGACUGGAAGACUUGGCAUACCAAUUUGAUUCGAACGUAAAGUCAUUAAAUGAUGUAGAUGAGAACAACAAGGGAGGAGAAGUGGAAGAAGCCAGCAAGGAAAACGGCCCUAGUAACGAAGAAACCAUACAGAAAUUGUCCAAGUUAUUGUUGAAAUUACAAAUUGGUUUGAAUCAUUUGAAUGGUGUAUUAGAGAAGGAUUUAGAAGUAGUUGACAGAGCGAGGUAG